GACUUGCCGUGAGAUAAAAGAGCGUCCGCAAGAAGAGCCAAGAGGUUAGCGAGCGAAGAGAUCGAGACACAGAGGCGGCUCGGGAUCAGUGACUCGCUGAGUCGGCUAAGGCGAUUCCUUCCCUUCAUCAUCAAUGGGGAUUUGCCGCUUCCGUGUCUUCUCUCUCUCUCUCGCCUGCCGACGAUGUUUCUGAAUUAGCAAUCCAAGGUUUUUACAGUGUCCUCUCCGUCCUCAGAUCUCGUUUUCCGUUUCUUGGAUCAAGCUAUAAGUGGUGGAUUAAUGCGUUGGAGGUGUUCGCAAGGAAGAAAUUUCGCGUAUUUGCGGAAGCUGUACUUCUCUUCUCUUGCUCUGGGGAUCAAGCUUGGGUUACCUGAUGUAGAACCGGGUUGAAAUUCUUUCUCAAUCUCGAUUUUUUUUAUCAGUAGCUCCUGUUUUCUGCUGAUCGGGUUGUCUUCGUUUCAUCUUUUGUUGGGUUUUCCUCGUUUCAUGAUUUCUUCCGGUGUCUAUUUCUUCUCUGCCGGGUUCGUGUUGGUUUCAGACAUAGGCACUGGUCUGGAAGAGAAGAGUCUCUCUUCCCCUGCUGCUUCUGCUGCUGACCACAAAAGUCCCGUGGUUUCUCAACCCUUUUCGUAUCUCGGAACUUAGACAGUCCGGUUUCAGACACAGAUGGCAGUGGCAGUCUUUAAGACUCCCCUUACCGGGGAGUUCCAUGGGGCUAGUAAGAUGGAAGGGAAGCAGCAGAAACAGCCUGUGGGGCGAAGAAGACGGGUUUUUGUGCAAACUGAUACCGGUUGCGUCUUGGGGAUGGAGUUGGACCGUAAUGAUAAUGUUCAUACCGUGAAGAGAAGACUGCAAAUUGCUCUUAAUUUCCCCACCGAGGAAAGCUCAUUGACAUUUGGGGAUACGGUUCUGAAGAAUGACCUGAGUGCUGUGAGGAAUGAUUCUCCCCUUCUUCUAAAACGAAACCUGAUGCAAAGAAGCUCAUCUACUCCAUGCCUUUCGCCUACCGGGAGGGAUCUCCAACAAAAAGACCGCAGUGGUCCUAUUGAGAUCCUGGGCCAUUCAUAUUGCUUUUCUUCUGUGAAGCAGAUUGUGAAGGAAAUUGUUAAGGCGAUGAAGAUGGGUGUUGAACCGGUCUCUGUUCAUAGUGGGCUUGGAGGGGCAUACUACUUUAGGAAUGGAAAAGGUCAGAGUGUUGCAAUUGUCAAGCCUACAGAUGAAGAACCAUUUGCACCUAACAAUCCGAAAGGCUUUGUUGGGAAAUCACUGGGGCAACCCGGCUUAAAACGUUCUGUACGAGUUGGGGAAACCGGAUUCAGGGAAGUUGCAGCUUAUCUUCUGGACUAUGAUCACUUUGCUAAUGUUCCUCCCACUGCUCUCGUGAAGAUAACCCAUUCGGUAUUUAAUGUCAACAAUGGAGUGAACGGGAAUGGGAACAAACCUUGCGAGAAGAAACUGGUCAGCAAGAUUGCUUCCUUCCAAAAGUUCAUACCUCAUGACUUUGAUGCCAGCGAUCAUGGCACUUCGAGCUUCCCUGUAGCAGCAGUGCACCGUAUUGGGAUAUUAGACGUAAGGAUUUUUAACACAGACCGGCAUGGUGGAAACCUUUUGGUGAGGAAGCUUGAUGGUAUCGGGAGGUUCGGUCAAGUGGAGCUCAUUCCCAUUGAUCACGGCCUUUGCCUACCGGAAUCACUCGAGGAUCCCUAUUUCGAGUGGAUUCAUUGGCCUCAGGCAUCAAUACCUUUCUCUGAUGAUGAACUUGACUACAUACAAAGCCUCGAUCCACUCAAGGACUGUGACAUGCUCCGGACAGAACUUCCAAUGAUCCGAGAGGCUUGUCUCCGUGUUCUAGUCCUGUGUACUGUUUUCCUUAAAGAAGCUGCUGCUUAUGGACUUUGUCUGGCUGAGAUCGGUGAGAUGAUGACCCGGGAGUUUCGCACUGGGGAAGAGGAGCCAAGUGAGCUCGAGGUUGUGUCCAUGGAAGCCAGGAGGAGAUUGAUCACUGAACAUGAUGCUAUAUCUCCAUGGUCUGAUUUAAGAGAUGGAGAGUUUCAAUUCUGUCUAGACUAUGAUGAUGAUCUAGAGUUAGCUUCUGGUUCCAAGACGGCGGCCGAUGACUACUUCACCAGAAACCCCUUCUCAAAUGGACGUUCUUCCCUGGCAAAGCUCGAGGAGGAAGAAGAAGAAGAAGAAGAGAAUGAUACCGAGAACAACUUCGAUGCCCCGUCUCUUUCAAAGCUUUCGGUGACAAUGAAGAACACUCAUCUAAGCAACAUGGGCCAACAAAAAUACCCGAAAUUCGUUGGAACCAGAGGUGAGAACACAUCGAACAGGAGCACUGACGAGCUGAUUCGGACAAGUGAAAGCUUCGUGAAGGUAGCGGACAUGACAGAAGACGAGUGGACGCUGUUCUUGGAGAGGUUCCACGAGUUACUUCACCCAGCUUUCGCCAAACGCAAGACCGAGACUUUGAGGAAGAGGCAGGGACUUGGAACAUCGUGCCGGUUUUGACGGAACUUGAGACAAGAAAGGUCAAAGGCAAGGGAGAGGACAGAUAAUAGUAAAGUUAAGGAGGUAAAGAAGCUUUAGAGCCAUGGAGUCUUCGUAUGUUGGCGACAGAAGACGAAGACCACUCUCUGUGGAAAGAAAAGCUUUCAUCUUUGUAAACUGUUGUGAAUACCCUUUGAGACCCCCUUACCUUAAUAUUCGAUUGUAAUUUUUUUUUUUGGUUCUCUUACCAAAUCAGAUCAUGUUUGGUCUCUCGUGUUUUCUGUAAUAGUUUCCACAGAUAAAACUCUCUGGUUUUUUCUCGUCAUUAGACUAUAAAGAUUUCUUAACUUUCGGAUA